AUGUCGUUAUUGUCAUUAGCAUGUUCAGAGUUGAAACGAAGGUCCAAUUCACAAAGGACCACUUGUUAUUCACGCAAGGCGGAAGAAUUAUUGAGAAAUAUAGGAAAGAAAAUCAAUAAAGCUAUACCUUUUUUUAUAAUAUUAUUUUUGAUCAAUACUAUAAUAUUUAUAAUGUGGUUAUUAUUACCUCAAUCUUUUAUGCAAAAAUACUUUGUUCACCAUCCGCAGUCCGGUUACAUGUUUACAUUAUUGACUUCAAUUUUCAGUCAUGAAUCAGCCUGGCAUUACUGUCUUAACAUGCUGGGUUUAUGUUUCUUCGGUGGAAUAGUCUACAGUACUUUUGGUAGAGAACAGUUUCUUGCGUUUUAUCUCAGUUCAGGAGUAAUUUCUUCAUAUGUAAAUCAUAUAUUAUCGCUUAUGCUUAAAAAUCAAGAAGACAUUAAAGGUUCAUUUGGAGCUUCGAGUACUGUUUACGCAUGUUUAGGCGCAUUUUUCGGUCUAUUCUGGAAUUAUGAGGCUUCAUUAACUAUAAAAUUCAAAUAUUCAUUUCCAGUGCUUGAUUUAUAUGGUGCAAUAGUUGGAUUAGGUGUUCUCUAUCCACUCAUUCUCUUUGAUGAAGAAUAUUUUGCGCGUUUUGUCGGCGCGAUGUUUGGUCUGUUAUAUGUAAAAUACGGAAGGGACCAAUACCAAAAAUUUGAAGAAACUAUAAAAACUUCGUGA